AUGUCGAAUCCAUGUCAUUUUCUAUCUGUACCAGCUAAAAAAGCUUAUGAUGUUACUUUAUCAACACCUAUUAAAAAUUUUAUUAAAGCGACAUUUGGUGAUAAAGAAGAUUAUUCAGCAUCAAUUGAAGGAUUGAAUGCAUUACGAGCUGAAUCAUUACUUCGUAGUAAUUAUAGAGAUGAUUGCUCAAAAUUACUUCGAUAUUAUGAUCAAUUACAUGCUAUUGAAUAUAAAUUACCAAUAACAGAAAAUCAAAUUCGUAUUUAUUUUAAAUGGCAAGAUGCAUUAGUUAGUGGUGGUGGUUUAUUUGGUGGUAAACAAAAAACAAAUGGUUCAUGGAAAUUAGCAUAUGAAAAAGCUUGUGUACUUUUUAAUAUUGGUCAUGCAUAUAGUGAAUUAGCAUUAGCACAAAAUUUAUCUAUGGAUGAACAAAUGAAAGCAGCAUUGAGAUAUUUUCAAUUAUCAUCUGGAGUUUUUUCAUUUUUAAAAGAUUAUGUCAGUGCUAACUCAUUAUCGGAUUUAUCAGUAGAUUUUGAACCGGCUGUUUUAGCAAGUAUUUCAUGGUUGAUGUUAGGUCAAGCAGCUGAACUUGUUCAUUUAAAAUCAUCUAGUUUUAAAGAUGAACUUGCAGCUAAAGUUGCUGCUCAUGCAGCUGAUUGUUACAAGGAAGCUUAUACAUCAGCAAAAACGGAAAGUGCUAAAAAGAUAAUUCCGGAAAAUUUCAUCAAUAUUAUGUGGGUUAAACAUUUAUUAUUUCAAUCUAAAGCUGAAUAUCAUGCUGGUAAACAAGCUCAAGUUGAUAGAAAAUAUGGUCUUGCACUCGUUCGAUUUAAUCGAGCUAAAGAACACGCUGAUCAAGCUGUAAGUAAAUGUUCAAUAUCUGCAUUUACACCAGCACUUCGUGCUAAUCAAGAUGAAAUAACAAAAGCAGUUGAUGCAGCACGUAAAGAUAAUGAUUUUGUCUAUCAUGAACGUUUACCAGAUCCAAAAUCACUGGAAACAAUUUUGGCUCAACCUGUUGCUAAACCAUUACCGGUUACAUUUCCAAUAACACCUGAUUUUCGAGAUUUAUUUGCUUCACUUGUUCCAAUUGCAUUAAAUAAUGCAUUGGCAUCAUUUAGUUCAAAACGUGCAGAAAUAAUGAAUAUUGAAAUUAAUCGUUUACGUGAAGCAACCAAUGUACUUAAUGCAUAUUUGGCUUCACUUAAUUUACCAGCUGCAAUUGAAGAUCGUGGUGGUCGUGAAAUUCCACCAUCAGUUAUUGAAAAAGCUAAUGAAAUAAAACGUCAAGGUGGUAUUAAUGCAUUAGAAAAAAUGGUUAACGACUUACCAACAUCAUUAACUCGUAAUAAAGAAAUUCUCGAUGAAGCAAUUCGUAUGUUGGAUGAUGAAGAACGAGGUGAUACAGAAUUACGUAUUCAAUUUAAAGAACGUUGGACUCGUACUUCAUCAUCAACAUUAACAGCUCCAUUACGUGCAGAAGCUAAAAAAUAUAUGGAUAUUAUUCAAAAUGCUAUUAAUGCUGAUAAAAUUGUGCAAGAAAAAUAUCGAAUGAAUCGAGAUGCUAUUGCUUUACUUAGUAAACAAACGCAUGAAAUAGCUAAUGAACUUCCUUCGGCAUCUGCUGCUGGUGCUUUACGUGAUGCAUUUCCAGUACGUGACUUACAUCGUUUAAUGGAUACUGUAGCUGCAGUAAAAGCUGAACGUGAAGUAAUUGAAUCCGAAUUAAAAAAUACAGAUUCUGAUGGUGUUCGUGCUCGUUUAAUUGCUGCUUUUCAACAAGGAAAUCAUAAUGAUGAAAAUAGUGUUGUUGUUAAUGAAAUCGAAGCAAUUUAUUCACCAUUACGACAACAAGUUAAUGAAAGUGUUUCAAAACAAGAACAACUUGUUGAAAAUAUUCGUCGUGCAAAUCAACAAUUUCAAAAUGAAAAACAAGGAAAUGCAUCAUCAGAAAUGCGUGAAGAAAUGUUAAAAAAUUUAGCUCGAGCAUAUGAUGCUUUUCAAGAAUUAUUAAGUAAUUUAAGAGAAGGAACAAAGUUUUAUCAUGAUCUUACACCAUUAUUACUUAAAUUUCAAAAUAAAGUAUCGGAUUUUGUAUUUGCACGUAAAACAGAAAAAGAAGAUUUAAUGAAAGAUAUUCAACGAGGAAUUGUUGGUGGAAAUGUUCCACCACCAACUACAACACCAGCAUAUCAACCAACUGCUACUCCGCAAUAUCCGCAAAGCUCUACUCCACAAUAUCAACCGAACUCUGCUCCACAAUAUCAACCAAAUGCUGCUCCACAAUAUCAACCAAGUGCUGCUCCACCAUAUCCACAACAACCCACAGCACCAUCAGCUGGUGGUCAACCACCACCAACAGUACCUGAUGGUACAGCAUUGCCUUAUCCAGCUGCAUAUAUGCAACCGUUCUUUCCGAUGCCACCUGGUUAUAAUCCAUACAAUCCAUUUUUUAAUAUGAUGGCUCCUCCUUAUCCAAUGGGCGGUGCUCCACAGUACCCACAACAAGGUUAUGGUGUUGAUAAACCACAACCCGGCGGUAGUCAAAAGAAACGAUAA